CGGCAGCGGUGGCGGCGGCUCCGUGUCGCCGGAGCCGGAGCGCGCAGGCCCGUCCCGGCGGUCGGGGGGCAGGCGGGGGCGCCAUGUGGUUCAUGUACGUGCUGAGCUGGCUGUCGCUCUUCAUCCAGGUGGCCUUCAUCACGCUGGCGGUCGCGGCUGGACUCUACUACCUGGCAGAACUGAUAGAAGAAUACACAGUGGCCACCAGCAGGAUCAUAAAAUACAUGAUCUGGUUCUCCACAGCCGUGCUGAUCGGCCUCUACGUUUUUGAGCACUUCCCGACCGGCAUGAUUGGCGUGGGCCUCUUCACCAACCUUGUCUACUUUGGCCUCCUCCAGACCUUCCCCUUCAUCAUGCUGACCUCGCCUAACUUCAUCCUGUCGUGCGGGCUAGUGGUGGUGAAUCAUUACCUGGCGUUUCAGUUUUUUGCAGAGGAAUAUUAUCCUUUCUCAGAGGUCCUGGCCUAUUUCACUUUCUGUCUGUGGAUAAUCCCGUUUGCCUUCUUUGUGUCCCUGUCGGCUGGGGAGAACGUCCUGCCCUCCACCAUGCAGCCAGGAGAUGAUGUGGUCUCCAAUUACUUCACCAAAGGCAAGCGGGGCAAGCGCUUAGGGAUCCUGGUUGUCUUCUCCUUCAUCAAAGAGGCCAUUCUACCCAGUCGGCAGAAGAUAUACUGACCCCCUGGGGAGGGGAUGCUGGGCGGGAUCAGGAGGAUCAGGCCCCCGGGCCUCUGCACUAGGUGGUGGCCGGGAGCCGGAAGGCACGUCCCCCCAACCCUGGCCCCCCUUCCCUCGACACCCCUAGAAGCCCCUGACCCCACCCUCCUGGGGAGGCUCAGCUUGGCACAGAUCUGAUACCGCCAAAGGCCGAGACCUCAGAGGGCGCCGGGGGAGGGGAGGUGUGGUGCCUGCUUUGCAGGAGGCCGAGUCCACCUGGGGGUGCAGAAGCUGAGCUCCAGUGGCCCUCCUGCCCCUUCCUGGACUGGGAGUUCCGGCUUGGCCAGGGCAUGCAGGGCCGGGGCCAUGACGCUGGAGAGCAGACAGUGCCGGGUUCUCUGGGCAGAUGGCCGUGGGGAGGGGCCACAGCUUGGCCCUUGCAAGAGAAAGUUUUUGCUGUUGAACUGUGAUUUCUGCCCAAGUGCUGAUUCCCAUUUGAAUAAAGAUUCUAGGUGGCACUGUUUGCCUUAAUACCCUGAAAGUUCAUCUUCCUUUCUGCCUGCUGAUCUUCCACCUUGGACAGACUUUUCUGCGCCAGGGACUCCUUUUCUGGGUUUGAGUCUUGCCCUUCAAGGGACUGUUCCUGUGGCCCUUAGUGGGAAGGAGGCAGAGAUGAGGAGCUGAGCCUGCUCAGGGGGUGGGGAGUGUCGGGCCCCCCUUCUUCCAUCUUUUCUUCCCCCGAGGCUCCCCCGUAACUGGCAGGCUGGGGACAGGGUGGGACUGGGUUAGAUUUUCAGAGGAGAAUCUACAAUAUCCUAUUUAUAAGUCUUCCCCUAGAGAAGAGUGGUUUCUGGCUGAGUUCUGUCUCAGGCUCAAGGAGAAACAGGAUUAAAAAUAGGCUUUCAGGCAGCCUGGGCUACAGCUUGUUUUGUAAGAAAUGGGACUGGUGGGAGAAGCUGUUUGUCACUCUAAGAGCACACAUGGGCCAGCCCUCUUCUGAGUGCUCCUGGCUCCUGGGGAGGUGACCUCCGUCUUCUAAGAAGGCAGGCCAGUCCUGGGCACGGACCAGCAUUGGUUGACCUUGUACUCCAACUACAGUGCCUUGCAAGUACUCAGCAGUGCAUAUGGGAAUGAAGUCCCCACAAGAGCCAUUACUGGCCACGUCCUAUACCUCACAGCAAGGCUGGCAGGUGCAGAGAUGGAUUGCACAUAUGUGGUACCUUUAAACCACUGGGAAAAUCUCUGUGCUUGGAAAUCUUUACCACCUGCCUUGGGUCCCACCAUAGCCCUUCAUUUCCUUGGCUUUUGCACUCCUAGUCUCUUAAAAACACCAGCCUUCCCCUUUCCCUGGGAGGAGAAGCACCUUUUGGCCCUCUCUCGGUGGCACUGAGAUUGCCAGCUCUUCUGUCCUGUGCAGAUAAGGAUGGACAAGGUAGAGGACACUGGUGGGCUGGGGUCUUUAUUUCUCUCCCCAGUGGUGUGCCAGUGGCCUUGUGCUAAAUGCAGCCCCUCUUCAUAUCUCCUCUUGCUGGAUCUCUGCAGCAUCUGGCAGGCUGAUGGCGCCCGGUUCCUGGCUGGCGCUUCCUUAGCACUCUGCAGUUCCCGGCAGGUCCUGUGCUGGCUCCUCCACUCACCCCAUGCACAGUGUGGUUUCUCAGGGUUCUGUCAUGGGUUCCCUGGAGGAGCCCAUCCACGGCUAUGGCUUCAAGUAUUUGAGAGCUGACCUCCAGCCCCAGCAUCCCUCUCGGUCUUCUGAAGCACAGUGUGCUGCCUUUGGGCACACAGACAACUCUCGUGGCUCAGAAAGCACUUGUCCUCCACGAACCUGCCUCGUGUGGGUCCCUGCCUUGGCCCCACGAUCACUCAGGAGCCCGACCAGAAGCCUGCUUUCUCUUUCUGCCCCCACAUCCAGUCUCUAACAACUGUCAAGUUUACCAUCUGAGCAUUUCUUGUUAGGAGCCGCUCCCACUGGCUUUCCCCUGGAUUAUUGUGACAGCCUCCUGCUUCUCUGUCCCCCAGCCAGAGUAGUCUUUCUCAUGCAGAGCUGACCCAGUCACUCCCUGGCCUACAACCUUCCAUGGCUCCGAACUGCCCUCAGGUAAAACCCAGACUCUUGAGCAUGGCUUCAGAGACUCACGGUGUCGUGGUUCUCGCCUGCCUCUCUGGCCUCAUCACUUGCCCCUCGCACUCUGAUCCUCAGCCUCCUGUAUCCAGAGAAGCCACUUUGAUUUCCCUUUCUCCUAUCCUCUUACUCUCCUUCUCUGUCAAUUCUCAGCUUAGAUUUCACUUCUUCCAGGAAGGCUGAACGCCCCUUCUCCCUCCAGCACCCACACAUCACUCUGGGCUUACUUGCCUACUUCCUGGUCUCUCUCCCUCACUAGACUGUAAGCUCCUUGAGGGCAGGGAUUGGCCUUCAAUUUUUGUAUCAACAGUGCCUAGCUUGGCGCCUGGCACAUAGAAAGUACUUAAUAAACGUUUGUUUAAUGAA